UUACAGUUUUAGUCAUCGUUAAAAAAAAUUAUACUAAACUUGCAACAUGAUUUUUUCUAACAUAAUUAAGUAAAGUACCUACAAUUGUUGAUUUGACUGCAAACAAAAAAAUUAACAUUUAUAGGCCUUCGGUCUACACCUAACUUUAAAAAAAAAUCUUAUCAUUUCAUUACCUUUGUAAGAUUUCUAUUCGUAUACAUGUAAGUAUGAAAGAUUAUAAUAAUUGAUCUUAAUAAGGUUAAUUGAUCUUAAUAGUUCUAACAAGUGCCAAAGACUAAACAGCCUCACAGAUUAAAUCGUGAGAUCCCGUUGAUUGCAUUUGUAGUAAAAUUUCGUAUUGGUCGUGAUAUUUUUUAUUGGAAUCACACUACUGAGAUGUAAAGUUUGGAUAAAUGGGAGGUGUUAUAAUAUUAUCUUUAAUCAAGACCACUUGGCAGUUGUUACGCGAUUCAUAGUCACGUUUAUACAUAGUGUAUAUCUAUAUUUUUUUGGAAUGACAUCACACCUAUUGCUUGUAGGCACUCUCUAUCAGUUCAUUUUGAAGCUCCGACUCGCGUGUACUCGCUUUAUUCUGUCAAAUAAGACGCCGUUUAUUGAAAACCUCAUUAUGCAGUACGUAAUAUGGUCAGUCGUGGUUGGAAUUGUUACUUUUAUCAUUUACAAAGCUAAUAGUUACAGACACUAUUUCAAAAAGUGGGGCAUCCCUCAGCCGAGAGAACUUCCCUUUUUAGGAAUUUACGGCUGCAACGAUUUCGCCAGUAAACACAUGAACCUCAUGUUUGAGGGAUUGUGGAGCAUCAACAGAGAGGCCAAGUACAUCGGAUUCCACAUGUUCACAACAAGAACCAUUGUAGUGCGUGAUUUGGAGCUUAUAAAAAGUAUCCUUGUCAAAAAUUUCGAUCAUUUUUCCGACACCAAGGUCUUUGUCAAUGAACAAAGUGAUCCACUGUUCGGUAAGAGCUUGGCGUUUUUGAACGGUGACAAGUGGCGGGAAAUCCGCAAUUUGUUGAGCUUCGCGUUCACAUCGAGUAAAAUGCACACCAUGUUCGGGCUAAUGGAGAAGUGCGCGGAAAACUUUUCGAAACGAUUCGUGGACAUUUACAGUGCCGAGGACAACAUCGACAUGAAGGACGUGUUCGCGAGAUACUCCAAUGACGUGAUAGCCUCCUGUGCCUUCGGCCUGGAAAUCGACAGCUUGGAAAAUCCUGACAACGAGUUUUUCCUAAGGGGCAAGCGGAGCACGAAUUUCCAAAGCAUACCAGUGACAAAGAUGAUUUUCAUGACAAUGUUUCCCGGCUUGUCGCAAAAGUUGGGCCUUCGAUUCAUGUCGAAAGACAAUUCGGACUAUUUCGUCGACGUCAUCAGGACAACCAUAGCCACGAGGGAGAAGGAGAACAUCAAGAGACCAGACAUGCUCCAGAUAUUGAUGGAAGCUCGCAACGCAAAGUCAGACGCCGAAUUGUUGGAAAUAGCAGCACAGGCUUUCAUAUUUUUCGUCGGUGGAUUCGACACGACGUCCUCCCACAUGUGUUGCAUAGCCCACGCCCUUACUCUCAAUCUGCUUAUCCAGCAAAAGCUACGGAAUGAAAUUGAUGGUAUAAUGAAGGAGUACAACGGGAAACCAACGUACGAAGCUGUCAACAACAAAAUGCCCUACAUGGAUGCCGUUUUCAACGAGACUUUGAGGUUAUUUCCCAUCAGUGUUAUACAACGCGUGUGCUCUAAGGAGUUCGUUCUGCCACCGUGUUUGCCAGAAGCUAAAUCUUACACGGUAAACAAGGGCGACGAAAUGGCGAUUCCUCUCUACUCCAUACAUACCGAUCCAAGAAACUACAAGGAUCCCAAGAAGUUUGAUCCUGAAAGGUUUUUUAAAAAAAAGAUCUCCACCACUGACGCAACUCUUUUGGGCUUCGGAAUGGGUCCAAGGAUGUGUAUAGGAUACCGCUUUGCUGUCCAGGAGACGAAGAUUUUGUUUUUACACCUGUUGUCGAGAUGUGAACUCUUUCUAUGCAAAAAGUCACCUGAGCCCUUUGAGUAUGACGUGUACAACGUUCUGACGUACCCCAAAAACGGAUUUUGGCUGAAGAUAAAUUGUAAUUUUUUUUUGAAUCUGAUACGAACGAUGAUCAUGGCCUACUGGAUUUGGCUUAUAGUGUUAUACAUGAUUUAUGUCAUGAUCAACCAUUAUAGAAUAAAAUGGCAUUACGUAAAACAGGGCGUGCCACUCCUAUCGGAGGUACCAGUUGUCGGUGCCUUUGGUGUUAUUUUUUUUACUCGUCAAUCGAUGAACGAUUUAAUAAAAAAAAUAUACAGUAUGAACCAACAAGCCAAAUACUCAGUGUCUCUGUUAUUUUCCAGUUCUUUGUUGAUCAUACGUGACCUUGACCUCAUAAAAAGUGUACUCAUCAAAAAUUUCGAUCAUUUUGCUGAUCGCAAAAAUUUCACUAACGAAAAUAACGAUCCUUUAUUCGCGAGAAAUCUAGCUCAACUCAAUGGUGACAAAUGGCAUGAAAUACGCAAUUUACUUAGUCCAGCCUUCACGUCUAGUAAAAUGCGAGCAAUGCACGUGUUCAUGAGGCGAUGUGCUGUCAACUUCACCGACAAAUUACUAGAAAGAUACGGUAAUAUGGAUGCUGUUGACAUGAAGGACGUAUUUAGCAGAUUCACAAACGACGUUAUAGCAACGUGUGCCUUUGGCAUCGAAGUUGACAGCUUGGAAAACCCAAACAACGAGUUUUUCGUGGCAGGAAAGAAGUGCUCUUUCAACAAUUUAAGAAAUGUGUUGAAAGUCUUUCUGCUGGACCUUUUUCCGAAACUGACAGCUAAACUGGGGAUGAGAAUCGUGCCGAAGAAAGAAACCAAAUUUUUCGUCAACGUCAUUGAAGCGACGAUCAAAACAAGACAAGAGCAAGGCAUUAACCGACCAGAUAUGCUACAACUGAUGAUAGAUACACGUGACAAGAUGAAUGGAUCAUCUGGCCUUGAUACCAUGGAAUUGACUGCUCAGGCGUUUAUCUUCUUUCUAGCUGGUUUUGAUACCACGUCUGACUUGAUGAGCCUCAUAGCCCACGAAUUGGCUGCUAAUCCUGAUGUGCAAGAGAAACUUAAAACCGAAGUUGACGGAGUGAUAAGAGAAAAUAAUGGGGAGGUGACUUAUGAAGCCAUAACCAAUAUGCACUACUUGGAUGCUGUCUUCAAUGAAACGAUGAGAAUGCAUCCCUCACCCUUUUUGACGAGAGUAUGCUCUAAGGACUUUGAGUUGCCUCCAAGUCUGCCGAAUUUGAAACCAUUUUUGGUUAAGACAGGAACGGAAAUUUUGAUUCCAUCUGCUGGCGUGCACAGAGAUCCAAACUACUACGAGAAUCCAGAUAAGUUUGAUCCAGAUAGAUAUUUGAACAAAAAAAUUACGAGCGACGUUUUGAACUUGGGCUUUGGUUUGGGCCCGAGAAUGUGUAUAGGCAACAGAUUUGGUAUCCUUGAAAUAAAGACUCUGUUUGUACACAUGUUAGCUAAAUGUAGCCUCGAACCCUGUAAAAAAACUUGUUUACCAUUUAAGUAUGAUCCAAGCACUAUAUCGCCAUGCCCAAAAGGUGGAUGUUGGUUGAAACUAAGACCUGGGAAGUAAUUUACCAUGCAAUACUUGUUAUAGCGAUUAAAUAACGUUGUAUCACUUUUAGAGCGCGCGGUGGCUCGGUCGGCUAGGUCGUGGAUUGGCAUGCGGGAGACCGUGGUUCGAUUCCCGGCCAGUG